AACUCCAAUUAAAGUUAAACUCCGAAAGAUCAAAGUCCAAACAGACAGAAGAUACCACACAAUCUUGAAAAUGGCAGCUCCCAUGAGAUAUGAUGGGAAAGUGGCUUUAAUUACCGGCGCAGGAAAUGGUAUUGGACGGGAUUAUGCAUUGGCCUUUGCUGCCAGAGGUGCCUCAGUUGUUGUUAAUGACCUUGGAGGUGACAUGAAAGGUGGAGGUCGUGGCACAAUGGCAGCAGAUAAAGUUGUGGAAGAAAUCCGAGCUAAGGGCGGUAAAGCAGUACCCAAUUAUGAUUCUGUUGAAGAAGGAGAGAAAUUGGUACAGACAGCAUUAGAAAACUUUGGCAGGAUAGAUAUAGUGGUAAACAAUGCAGGAAUAUUAAGAGAUAGAUCCUUUGCCAGGAUAAGUGACCAAGACUGGGACUUGAUUCACAGAGUUCAUUUGAGAGGAUCAUUCCAGGUUACUAGAGCAGCAUGGCCACAUAUGAAAAAGAAUAAAUAUGGCAGAAUUAUAAUGGUGACAUCAGCAGCAGGUAUCUAUGGUAACUUUGGACAGGCUAAUUAUAGUGCAGCAAAAUUGGGUGUACAUGGUAUGGCCAAUACAUUGGCUAUUGAAGGAAAGAAGGAUAACAUCAAAGUUAACACAGUGGCACCAAUGGCUGGUUCAAGGAUGACAGAGACUGUCAUGCCACCUGAUGUAGUACAAACAUUGAAACCUGAAUAUGUUGCUCCAUUAGUUCUGUACCUAACUCAUGACUCCUGUGAAGAAUCUGGCUCAUUGUUUGAAGUAGGAGGUGGCUGGAUCGGCAAAUUACGAUGGGAAAGGACUAUUGGUGCCACCUGUAGGACAAAGGAUAAACCAAUGACACCUGAAGAUGUAAGAGAAAACUGGGAUAAAAUUACAGACUUUACAGAUGCAACACAUCCGACUACAUCAGCGGAAUCUACAGGACAUAUGCUAAAUGUUAUACAGACUAUUGAAAAGGGAGGCAGUAAAAAACAAAGAUCAACUUCUUCUAGAGGAAUAGAUCCUGAUCAAGCUAUAAACCAGAAAAUGAAACCUACAACAUUUACCUUCACAAAUAAAGAAGUUAUACUGUAUGCUUUAGGCAUUGGUGUUUCCACACAACAAGAGGACUAUUUGAAGUUCCUGUUUGAGUUAUCAGAUGACUUCUGUGUCAUACCAUCAUUUGCUGUUAUACCUGCUUUCUCAGCCAUGGGUGAUGGUUUAGUUGGAGGAGUACCUGGGUUAAAUGUUGAUCCUACUAAGAUUUUACAUGGAGAGCAAUACACAGAACUGUAUAAACCUUUCCCUACCAGUGGUACUUUGACAUCUAGAGGAACCAUUGUAGAUGUUUUAGAUAAAGGAUCUGGUGCUGUGGUAUUAAUGGAUGUUGAAACAUUUAAUGAGAAGAAAGAAAAAAUAGCUUACAAUCAAUUUUCAACAUUCAUUGUUGGUGCUGGAAAGUUCGGUGGAAAGAGAAGUUCAGACAAAGCAAAAAAUACUGCUAAUCCACCUUCUAGAGCCCCAGAUGCUUGCAUGAGUGAGAAAACCAGCAUUGACCAGGCAGCAUUAUACAGAUUAAGUGGAGACAGAAAUCCUUUACAUAUAGAUCCUAGCUUUGCUGCUAUGGGAGGUUUUGACAAGCCAAUAUUACAUGGAUUAUGUAGUUAUGGUUACGCUACAAGACAUGUCAUGAAAACAUAUUGUGAUAACGAUGUUUCCAAGAUCAAAGCUAUUAAAGUGAGAUUUGCUAAGCCAGUAUUGCCAGGACAAACAUUACAAACAGACAUGUGGAAGGAAGGCAGCAGGGUUUUCUUCCAGUGCAAGGUUGUAGAAACAGGGAACGUGUCAUUAUCUGGUGCUUAUAUUGACCUGAUAGGAGGAACAACACAACAAGUAUCAUCACAGCCUUCGGGUCCAGCAUUAAAGAGUGAUGCACUGUUUGCUCAGAUUCAAGCUGGAGCAAAGACAAAUCCAGGCAUGGCAAAGAAAAUUAAUUCUGUUUUCUUGUUUGACAUCUUAAAAGAUGGAAAAUCAGCAGCAAAAUGGACUGUAGACAUGAAGUCAGGAAUUGGAGAAAUAUACAGAGAUGAACCCAAGAACAAAAAGGCAGACUGUACCAUGAUUCUAGAGGAUGACAAUAUGGUGGAUUUGGCCAGUGGUAAACUUAAUGGACAACAGGCAUUUAUGACUGGAAAGUUAAAGAUCAAAGGCAAUAUUAUGCUUGCACAGAAACUAGGAGAAUUAUUUGCAGGAGUGCAGUCCAAAUUGUAGUGCAUAAAAAGACUAGAUAUUACAAUCAAAUUUUUAUUACAUUAAAAUGUUUUGUAUUAAGCAGUUUAUGAUUUGAUCAUUAAUUUAUUCCUUAACAUUUGCAUAAUCAAGUGCUAUAAAUUAAACUGACAUAUCUAAGAAAUAUCUGUCUUAAUGGAAGAUAUUGAAUGAAUAACUUCCAUGAAAUUUUAGUUGUGAAAAUAGAAAAAAUUGCAGAACAAAUUAAAAUCUAAAUAAUUAAUGUUUUCUUCAAAAGUGAUUGACAUAUUAUAAUUGUUACAAUGUUGAAAGUAGUCAUUUUAGAAAAUUAUCUCCCCUUUGCAUAAACAGAUGAGUACAGUGUGAGUUAUAAGCUGGCACUAUAAUGGAGGAACAAAUAAACUGUAACAGGAAACUAUCGCUACAUUCUUUAUUGGAUUAUAUUAUUAUGUAUAAUUUGACGUAUCAAAGGUAAUCACAUUCUAAAUUAAUAAAAUUGUGAUAUAUUUGAAUUACCUCCCUUGUACAUUGUUAUAAUGUCAUGUUUAAUGUUAUUUGUUAUGUAUAAUUGUCUAUUUUUAAAUGAAAAUGAAUGGUUUUGUUAUGGUACAUAAUGCAAUUUUGUAUUUUUUUUUAGUUUUUCCAUCAUUUGUUUUGUUCAAUUUUCAAACACA